UCCUUAUCCAUGACCACCUCUUGUCUUGCUCCGUAAACCCACUUUUCCGACGAAAACCCUCGAUCACAGCGCAACGCAAUGAGGUUCACCAACAUAGCCAUAUCGUCCUCCAACCCAAAGCCCCGCUCCGAGACCCCCCGCAACGCGGCCCUCGCGUCCGCCAUCUCCGCCGCUUCGGGCAGCACCGGUCUUCCUCACCCCGGCAGCGAAGAUGGCGGCCGCGGCUUGGGAGGCCUCCUAUCGUGGCUCUUCAACGCCGGCGCGGCGCACGCCGCGGAGGAGAAGCCGCCAUCGAGGGACUGGGACGCGCACGAGUUCGGGGCCAGGACGACGGUGCCGUUCCCGAGGCUGCAAGGGGCCAAGAGGUACAAGGUCUCGGACGUCAGGUUCCUCGACCGCCGCGCGCCCGGCGGCGGCGGGGGCGCGCGCCUCACGACGGGGCCCGACGACCCCCUGUUCGAGGGCGCGGCGCUGCGGCCCGGCGAGGUGUACACCCGGUCGCAGCUGCUCGAGGAGCUCGAGGCGCUGUCCUCGUGCGGCAUGUUCGACGGCGUCAGCGUGGAGGCGGUCCGGCCCCAGCCCGACGGCACCCUCGGUCUAACCGUCUCCUACGCCGAGGCCCUCUGGGCCCCGGCGAAGCGGUUCAGCUGCGUCAACGUGGGCGGCCUCUUGCCGGCGCAGGCCGACGAGGUCGAGGACGACGACAUGACGGAGAGGGAGAAGAUCGCGCUCCGGCGGAGGCAUGAGAGGGCGUAUCAGCAGCGCCUCGGGCGGGCCAAGGCGUGCAUCCUGCCGGAGCCCGUGCGCGGAGAGGUGGUGGAGAUGGUGAGGAAGCAGGGACGGGUGAGCGCCAGGCUGCUGCAGAGGAUCAGGGACUGCGUCCAGAGGUGGUACUACGACGAGGGGUUCGUGUGCGCUCAGGUGAUCAACUUCGGGAAUCUCGACGCCGGCGAGGUUUUGUGCGAGGUCGUCGAGGGGGAGGUAACCGGGGUGGAAUACCAGUUCCAAGACAAGCUCGGCAAUGUCGUCGAGGGGAACACCCAGCUCCCUGUAAUUGACAGGGAGCUGCCCCAGCAGCUUCGACCAGGCAAUAUCUUUAAUAUUGGGGCAGGGAAACAGGCUCUGAAGAACAUAAAUGCGCUCGGAUUAUUCUCUAACAUAGAGGUGAAUCCACGACCUGAUGAGACAAAAGAAGGGGGCGUAGUGGUUGAAAUCAAGCUCAAAGAACAAGAUCCCAAAUCAGCCGACGUGGAGACAGUGUGGAACUUUGUACCAGGGGAUCAGGGACGACCAACUCUUGCAUCCAUUCAACCUGGAGGAGGUGUGACAUUUGAGCACCGCAACAUCGGUGGCCUGAACCGAUCUCUCGCUGGUUCUUUCUCAUCGAGCAACCUGCUCAAUCCUCAGGAUGAUGUUUCAUUCAAGCUCGAGUACGCACAUCCUUACUUGGACGGUGUGGAGGACCAGAGCAGGAACCGCAUCUUCAAAGCCAGUUGCUUCAACACCAAGAAACUCAGCCCUGUCUUUGUUGCCGGCCCCAACAUGGACGAUGCUCCACCCAUCUGGGUUGACAGAGUUGGAAUCAAAGCGAACAUAACAGAGAACCUGACAAAGCAGAGCAAGUUCACCUAUGGCCUCGUGCUGGAGGAGAUCACGACGCGUGAUGAGAGCAAUGAUGUGUGCACACAUGGGCUCCGGACGACGGCCACCGGUGCCCUUGGCAUGGACGGGCCCCCCACGACGUUCAGCGGCACCGGUGUGGACAGGAUGGCGUUUCUUCAGGCCAAUGUUACCCGGGAUAAUACGGAGUUCGUCAACGGCGAGACCAUCGGCGACAGAUGCAUCUUCCAGGUGGACCAGGGCCUGGGCAUCGGGAGCAGGAACCCGUUCUUCAACCGCCAUCAGCUGACGGUCACAAAGUUCGUGAACCUAAACAAGCAGGAGAAGGGAGCCGGGAAGCCGCCGCCGGCCGUUCUCGUCGCCCAUGGCCGCUACGCAGGGUGUGUGGGAGACCUGCCGAGCUACGACGCGUUCACGCUCGGAGGGCCUCACUCGGUCAGGGGCUACGGCAUGGGCGAACUCGGAGCCUGUAGGAACCUUCUCGAGGUCGCGACGGAGGUGCGCAUCCCUGUCCCAGUGAUGAAGAACACGCACGUGUACGCUUUUGCCGAGCAUGGCACGGACCUCGGGAGCUCCAAGGACGUCAAGGGGAACCCUACCGAGUUCUUCCGGCGCGCCGGCCAGGGAUCGUCGUACGGCGUGGGCGUCCGGUUUGGCCCGCUCAGGGCGGAGUACGCCGUCGACCACAACGCCGGCACGGGAUCCGUCUUCUUCAGAUACGGCGACAGGUUCUAGACUGGACGUUCGACCCUCCGCGCAACCAACCCCAGCUCAGGCCACACAUAUAUAUUUUGCAACGUGUACUUUGUUCCACAUUCACCGUUUGUUAGCUGCUAAGGUAUUCCUGCACUGUAUAUUCCAUGUUAAGACUGCACAUUGUCAGCUCAAGGAGAAAGGGACCCAGGUGAAGAAAAUUAUAGAAUUUCA